AUGGCCGACCAGCAACAGUCACCAUGCCGCAUCCUGGUUAUGGCCUCUGGCUUUGGCUCAAACUUCCAGGCUCUCAUUGACGCUGUUGCCGCGGGACGGAUCCGAAAUAGCAAGAUUAUUCGUCUUGUCGUGAAUAGGAGAAAUGUGCAAUCAAUUAAGCGAGCAGAAAGCGCAGGCAUUCCUUGGGAGUAUUUCAACUUAAUCAGCAACGGAUUUAUAGCCAAGGGAGAAAAGGACGAGCAGAAAGUUGCUGAAGCUCGGUAUAGAUAUGAUGCUGCACUGGCCGAGAGGGUAUUAUCAGCAGAAGAGAAGCCAGAGCUAAUUGUCCUCGCUGGGUGGAUGCAUGUAUUCUCAGGUGGCUUCCUGGAGCCUAUGGAAAAAGCAGGUGUGAAAGUUAUCAAUUUACAUCCGGCCUUGCCUGGGGAGUUUGAUGGAGCUGGUGCAAUCGAGAGAGCUUUUGCAGAGCUCAAAGCUGGCCGAAUAACACGCACUGGUAUCAUGGCUCACUAUGUUAUCCAAGAGGUGGAUAGAGGUACUCCUAUUAUGGUUCAAGAGAUUGAGUGGAACGGAGAGGAGCUUCACGAGCUCGAGGACAAGAUUCAUUCGCGGGAGCAUGAGCUGAUUGUGAAGGCUACGGCGAAAGUGGUUGAUGAGAUAUUGGAAAAGCGGGCAAAGCAAGUCUAA